UGGUUGAGGCGGAGGGGAGGUGUAGGUGGAGGAGAGUGGAUGUGCAGGAGGACCGUGUUAAAUCAGACACAACAUGGACCGGCGGAGGCAGAGGAGGUGAUGCAGCAUCCCUGAAGGAGGACGUCGUUGAACCGAUCCCAGCACGCGCCUUCACGACACUUCUCUCCGGGUCGCUGUGUUAAGUUUGAUCUCCUCUCAGCGCAUAUUGGAUGUAGAAUCGGUGCGGGAAGGUGCGCGUACGUGUGCGUGUCGAUUGGCUGUGCGCUGCGUCGCUCACAGGAAUGACGACUGCGCUGCUGUAAGCGGCUGCUGCACGAGCAAGGAUGAGCAGAAGCUCUGGACAAUCCAUGUCGUCGACCUCAUGAUUCCUCCUCAUCCCCUCCAGACAAACGAGUUUUACUCUGUGGAGGUCUGGAUAAAAAUGUAAAGAGAACACUGCCAAAAAGACAGAACCAACAGAAAGAUCCUGAGCCUGAAAAUCCCCGCACAUGUGGCCCUGCAUGAAGAUGGAUGAUGAUAAGAAGAUCUUUGCAUUUCUCGUGGAUGUCCCAGCCGAAUCCGUCAGUCUGUGGUCGAAGAAAGACACGCCCCGUUAGAGACUCUGCUGAUUUCACCUGCACAACAAGAGCCCACCCUCGGUGAUGUGAUGAAUAAGUUUGAGGUCCUUGGCAUUGUGGGUGAAGGAGCCUAUGGAGUGGUGCUGAAGUGCAGACAUAAGGAAACCAAUGAGCUGGUGGCGAUUAAGAAGUUCAAAGACAGUGAAGAAAAUGAGGAGGUCAAGGAGACAACCCUGCGGGAGCUGAAGAUGCUUCGGACUCUGAAGCAGGACAAUAUCGUCGAGCUGAAGGAAGCCUUUCGCCGAAGAGGGAAACUCUAUCUUGUCUUUGAAUAUGUGGAGAGGAACAUGCUGGAGCUCCUGGAGGAGCUUCCCAACGGGGCCCCGCCGGAUAAAGUCCGCAGCUACAUCUAUCAGCUCAUCAAAGCCAUCAACUGGUGUCACAAAAAUGAGAUUGUGCACAGAGACAUCAAACCUGAGAACCUCCUCAUCAGCUCCGAGGAUGUUCUAAAACUCUGUGAUUUUGGUUUUGCAAGAAACCUUUCUGAAGGAACAGAUGCCAACUACACAGAGUAUGUGGCCACUAGGUGGUACCGCUCACCGGAGCUCCUGCUGGGAGCCCCCUAUGGGAAAGCUGUGGACAUGUGGUCAGUGGGAUGUAUCCUCGGGGAGCUGAGUGACGGACAGCCCUUAUUUCCAGGGGAAAGUGAGAUUGAUCAGCUCUUCACCAUUCAAAAGGUCCUGGGGCCACUUCCUGCGGAACAGAUGAAGCUCUUCUACAACAACCCGCGCUUUCAUGGAAUCAGGUUUCCUUCAGUUACUCAUCCUCAGACUUUAGAGAGACGGUACCAAGGCAUCUUGAGUGGACUGAUGUUGGAUCUGAUGAAGAACCUGCUGCUUCUCAACCCGACAGAGAGAUAUCUGACAGAGCAGAGUUUGAACCACCCAGCCUUCCAGCCUCUGAGGCAGGUGGAGCGGGAGAGACCACCACCUGCCUCCCCUAAUCCACCUCGCUCUUCCAAGAGGAAGACCCACCAUCACGGCGAGAACACAGUUCCCACAAGGAGCCACGCAAAGGGCUCAAGUAGUCGUCGCUCCAACAGCAAAGAAUGUUCUAGCCUCCCUCGCCACGGAGACCUCCAUCAUCUCGGCAAUGAGAGUUUCUUGAAUGGCAACAAACCUCCGCCAGCCAGUUUAAGUCCAACGCUCCACCCCAAAAGCCAGUACAUGUCCCAGACCCUCAACCGGUCCGCCUCAUCUUCCAAAGACCUGGCCAACAACAACCUGCCACACCUUCUCAGCCCUAAAGAAGCCAAGGGCAAGACAGAGUUUGACUUCAACUUGGGGCCCUCGCCCAAAAUUUCAGAUCCAACCCACAAAUACGGCCACAGCAAACCCAGCUCCUCUCGGUCCCAGCCGCAGCAGCCGCAGGGUCCGCGGCACAACUUCCUAGAAGGCAAAACCAACACCCUGCAGUCAGCAGGAGAGAAACAGCAUGGUCGCCACAGUCACAGCAUGGCAGACUCGGCUCAUGGGUCCAUGUCUUCUUCUUCCAAAAGUUCUGCCUCUUACCUUAGCUUGUCCAAAAGCCACAGUGCACUCAGCGAUGCAAAGUCUGUCGGAAACUUGAGCGACAGUCGACUUCAUCCCGACGACCCGAAUGCUAACCAGCAAGUAGGAACGGGACCCAGUGCACGGUUCUUUCCUGCAAGCUGUCUGGACCUCAACUCCACUUCGGGGCCUCCUGGACCCCCUGGCAGCCCCUCUACUCGCCACAGUGACCGCUCUGGACACAGCCCUGCUUCACGGAGCAGUGGCAAUGUCCGCAUGGAGAGCAGCACACUGGACUCAUCCUCUAGACACAAGUCCAGGCUCAAAUCUUUGGCACCAGAUGAAGUCAACGCCCCAGAGCUUCUCGACCCUGGAGGAGCGGGGAUGCCCUCCACUCACACACUGCCUUCCCCUCAUGAAUCUUACCAUUAUGGCUUGGGUUACACCUCCCCCUUUUCCUCCCAACAACGACCUCAGCGGCACUCCAUGUAUGUACGGAGAGAACGGCACAGACCUCACCCAGCAGAAGGCGGGAUGGGAGGGUUACCGCCUCCUGGGCAGGCGAUACCCACACGGGCCAGCAGCCUGCAGCUUCUGUCCCCACAGCUUCAGCACCGGACCACCCUCACCGGACACUCGGUCAGCUCGUCCAGAGAGGACUGUACCGAAGACAUCAACAGAAGUGAGCAGUCUCCUAAAGACAUGAGCCACCCCUGUGCUCCCAUCAAAGACUCCACGAGGGACAAUGCUGCUGCCUUCCACAUACAGCGCUCUAAAAACGAGGUUGGAAUGUAUCAUGAUGCUCACAUGGAAGAAGGAGGUUCCUCCAAGGAGAACAGGAUGAUUUUCACUGAAUCCAUGCCGCGAAGAGUUGGCAGUUUCUACAGAGUUCCUUCUCCAAGACCAGACAACUCUUCCUUUCAUGACAGCCUUGCUCAAGGUCGGGUCCCUGUUGUCCCGGUUGUUUCUGCAGACCCCGUUGUCAUGACAAACCACUCGAAACGCCAGACCGCCUUUGACUGGACUGCUGCUGAGGCAAUGGUCAUGAAUCCUCCUGAGCCCACUAAAGAGAAGGAGAAACAGGGCUUCUUCAGGGCCAUGAAAAAGAAAAAGAAGAAGACGCAAAUAACUGACAUGGAGGAUGGGAGGAAUCCAGGCAUCAAGAAAAGCCUCUUCCCACUCUUCAGCUCGAAGAACAGCUUAAAGCACAACGCGGCCGUCAAAGUCCUGCCAGUGGUGGCCUCGCCCAUGGUACAGCACCAGCCCCCCGCGCCCUACCCUGCCUCACCAGUUCCUGGAAACGGUCAGGAGCACAUGUCCUUGCAGAGGAGCUCCAAGUCCUCAUCUCACCACAGUAGCCGUCGGAAAAACCGAGAAAGGUCCCGGGACCGAGAGCGGGAACAGAGUCGGGACAGAGACAGAGACCGUGAGAGAGAGCGGGAGAGAGAAAGAGAGCGGGAGCGAGAACGAGGGAGGGAACGAGAGCGAGUGAAGGACUGGCCACCAGAGAAAACGGUGGACUCACACUCGCAGAGUCAGCCGCUCAAGUCGCUCCGCAGACUCCUGCACCUCUCCCCUUCCUCCUCGAACCAAGGCCCAGCUGCUCCUCCUCCACCUCAAGACCUGCGCUUCCAGCAGCCCCUUCCCAACCCUCCUCAGCCUUCGUCCAAGGGAAGCUACCCUGAGGUCAGAGGGCACACAGACAGCAGGGGCCACUCGGUGGCCGGCAGCUCCACGCAGUCCAAGAGCCGUAAGCCCAGCUACCCCCUGCCGGGACAGAUCGAGUCCAGCUGGCACGUGUCUGCUCUGCAGCGGGCUGAGGGAGCACAGUUCACCCCGGAACAGCUGGGUAUCAAACCGGGGCAGAAUGGACCCACCUUUACCCGUGCCUCCCGCACCAGAAUGCCAAACCUCAACGACCUGAAGGAGACCGCGCUGUAAAACCCCCGCCACCUCUGAACUGGCUUUCUGUCCUGGACUCGUCUGCCAGAUGCAGUAAAUACUGUACUAUACAGGACUUGUACUCAAUGUACAAGUCGAACUUGAGUCCACUGGAAACCACGCAUCCACACCGGGUCGGUCGUUUAAGGGCAGGACACUAUCCAGUAUUACACUGUUGAGCCCUAACAUUAUGACCGCCUGACUCAUAGAAUUCUUUUGCACAAAAAACUUUUUAGUGGUGCAAUGGUCAACGAGGUUGUGGGCAGCCAAGCCUUCUUGCUGCACACUGGUGAGAUCCCACGGAAUUCCUUAAAUAGAUGACAAGGAUUGUGCUCAAAGGUUGCUUCUAACUUGCCCAUCAUCACCAAAUGUUCUGAGCAACAUGACCAGUGUGCACUCCACUCAACCCAGACGGCAGAGAAUAGGAACGAAAAGAGUUUCAUGCAGGUGGUCGUAAUGUUAUGGCAGAGCGGUGUCUCAGCUUCACACGUCAAGGACACGCCGGCCAUGUGGCCUCUCUGCUGCCAUCUUGUGCUUACAGGACUGAACUGACGCCAGACUGUCGUGUCCGCACCAGCGGCCAAUAAACUCAGUUUAGUUUUGUUUUCUCCUUAUUUUUAAAAUAUGUGUAAUUUGAUAAGGAUGGGGAAUAAUUCUAUUUGUAUCAACAUUAUUUAAGAAAUAUUUAUUUCUUUUAAAUACAAGGAUAUAAGCUAUAAAUGACACUGUAUGUAGGUUAUAUGGAAAUAUUAUAAGGUAAUAUAGAGUUAAGUGUGUAACUGCAAGAGCUUUAGAUUCGACACAGAGAAAUGAAUAGAUAUUUAUGUGUUGAUAAUAAUGAUAUGUCACAAGGAGUAUUUAACAGUGAAUGUCCUUUUAUGUUAGCUUAAAUAUUUUACUAAGAUGCCGUCACACAUGACUUUUUUCUUGUUUGUUUUUUGUUUUUUUCCUGGACAGUCAUUGCCAAUAUUUGUCUACAGCUUUCAUCCAUACAACUUUGCAACAAGUGUGGCUAGAAGGGUGAGACUGUUCCUGCCAUUCCACAAGAGCCUGAAUGACACAUACUCCAGAGACAGAGUUGAGUCGUGCCCUUUGUGGCUGGGAUAUACAAGCUCAGCCCUCCAUGACCCUGGAACAGGCGUGUCAGGCUGCUGAUUUAGACCUGAGAGAGGUUAGACUUUCACUCGAACCUUAAAUGCUGCACUCUAUUAAGCAUGUGACUUGACAAAGGCCAGAGGGAAAUCUAAGGCAGUUAUGUGAUGCAUACCUUGAAUUAGGUAAAGAUGAUGGCUUCACUUCUGGUCCACUUCGUUGGGAUCAUCCAUCAGGCUCUUUGUGUCGUUUUUUUUUGUUCAGAGGCCACAUUCUUGUUUUGUAAACAAUUACCCAGCUCUUUGCUGCCAUAUUGGUUUCGUCAAUGGCCUUAAAAAGACAAGAGGGCAGACGUGGAGAGUGAAAAUGGUGGAGAAGGUUGUUGGCAGGAGAAACGACAUACCUCAUCUGUGACCUUGAAGAUCCUUUAAUUGAUGAAUCUGGUGUUGCUUUGUGUUUACACAGAGCAUGAGACUUUUUAAAUGCAGUAAAACAGCAGUCCCACCCUAGUCUCACCUGUCCUGUACAUGUCUUUUCCUCAUCCAACGAUCAGUUGUCUUCCACAGCUUUCAUUUCCUGGAUCUUGAGCUCCCGUGUUCUUCAUCUCUCCGCUCCACAUGUCAUGUGAUUCUUCCCUCCACUGAACCUUCCUCUCUGGAUGUCUGUUUGUCCUGGACAUGUCCAUGUGAACACGAAACAAAACCAGAUUCAUCUGCACACGUUUACAUUUCCUGUGUAUGAGCCAGCCAAGAUCACAAACUCUGUCCACAUGUUUUGUGAAUGUUUCUUUCUGACAUAUUCAGGGAUGAAUUGAUUCUCCACAAGAGCAUUUGUCUUCUGUGAUCCGGGGGAAAAGAUGUUUAACAAAAGUUUGUUCGAUGUGAAAAUGAAGCUUCAGAAUAGAAAAUAUAAAUUGACUCUAGAUGGAUGUAGUUUCACUCUCAAUCACUUGCGGUUUAACUGAUGAAUCAUGUUAAGAGCUUCAACAUUAUUCUGACCCUAAACGUGAGUGCGAUUUAACAAAAGAGGGACAAAUGACUGAUUGUAAGUAGCUGAUGGGAUGGAGAGAUGACAGAAACCUUGCCUUGCCUGUGACCUGAAGCCUUAUACGGUUGUUAGUGACGAUGCACUUCUCAUCUAAAUGAAGGCUUGGACCACCCCUCUAUCAUGAACAUGAAUGUGUUGCCUAAAACAUCUGCUCUAUUUACUCCCCACUCCCAGCCCCACCCCACUUCCUACAGAGUGUAAAUAUGAAUAAAGGUGUAUCUAUCUGCUGAAUUUAAGAUAAUAGGGUCUCGUAAUAAAAGCCAAGUGCACA